AAUAAACAAAAUACUUUUCCAAGUAUCUUCCGACGGUGCACACGGCAAGCAUUUGCAACAAAGAAGACGGACGCUCCAUGUGGACGCUGUAACAUUUGCUGGCAUGAAAGGAUCCGAACAGCAGUUGUCGCCCCACAGCCUCAAUCGCAAUGUUGAUUAACGACAACCAGCGCCUGCAGCGUAUUUACUUCCUACUGUCGGGAGUUGUGGCGAGCAGCCUCCUCAUCUUGACCUAUGUGUCGCUGUUAACAAGAGCGGAAGAAAACUUGCAGAAUGACAUCCGGAUCAUGCAGCUGUCUUUGGAUUUUGUCAAACCGACUUCGUUGGUAUGGUCCUACAACAACAAUUGGCGUAACAUAGGCCACAGUGGGAUGAAGCACAAAAUUUAUUCGGCUUACUUUGAUCGUCGCACGGACAUUCUGGACUAUCCGUAUGAAUCGGGAUCUGGUGUUGGUAUUGGCUCCAUAAGGAUCAUUGCCAUACUGCCUUUAAAAUUUCGCGAAGAGGUUACGUGUACUUUCAGAUCAGAAGAUUUUACCUUGUCAAAAACGAAAGCCGAAAGCCUUAGACCUCUAAAGGAUCAUCAUGAUGCCAAAUUUGCCGCUUUUACUAUAGUGUGUCCUCUGUAUAAGGCAAUGAAUGAAAGUCUGGUAGUGCGUUUGCCGCAUGCGGUGGCCAUAAGCUACAAGUCGAAUACACUUAGUCAGCAGAGUCCAAUAUUUGUGCCAAUAAGCUAUCCCCGUGACAUGAAUCAAUUGUUUGCCAAGUCAAAGCCAGUUCUAUCCAUUUGUGUUGCUCCGCUGGAGGUUAACUCCAGCAAUGCUCUACGCAUAGUAGAAUUUGUGGAAAUCUACCGACUUUUGGGAGCGGGACAUUUCUAUUUUUACUCCAUAAAUACCAGCAAGGAAGUGGGUAGAGUAUUGGCCCAUUAUCGCAAUCAAAGCCUAGUGGAUGUACUCCCAUGGAAUCUGCAAGAUCAUCAGGACGAUUUGUUUGCGAACGGAACGAUUGCCCAAAUUAAUGACUGUAUUUAUAGGGCCAUGACUGUUGAUAACUAUCGCUAUGCUGCCAUUGUGGGCCUGGAUGAAAUUUUGAUGCCCCUAAAGCACAAUUCCCUAAUGAAGUACUUAUUACAGUGCGAUGAAGGUCUGACGGCUUCGUUCAUUUUUCGCAAUGUCUUUUACUAUAAAGCAGACCGGGCGGACACUUUCAGCAUUCCCGACAAGAUACAAAAUCGCCAACUAUAUACCCAGACAAAGGUGCGACGCACUCUGGAAAUUUUGCCUGCCCACACAAAGAGUAAAUUCAUCGUCAACACCCAUGCCUCAGUGGAUAUGGGUCUUGAGCGCAUGUGGCGUGCUGCCCCCGGCUACACAGAUCGCAUUCUGGCGCCGACUGUGGGACUUUUGUUCCAUUACCGUGAGCGUUGCAUCAAUUGCCGCAUGAUAAUGGUGGUGGACUAUACAGCAAGGCGAUAUGGUUCUCUGCUCUGGGAUCGUGUGGACAACACAUGUCUGCAGACAUUCCUAAAAGACAAAGGUGUUUGUCCGACUAAAUAGGUAAAAUAAAUAUUUGAGUUUCUGUUAUAAAAAA